GCAACAUAACCACGUGACAGACCAACCAUUCAGCCAGAGUAGCUUGGAGAGAAGAGAAGGGGCGCGAGCAAUAUGGGAGGGUGAUUCUCGAACAUCUUCAGCUAACAGAUCUCAUGAUGAUGGUCGGAAAAGUAGGGGCGAUACGGUUGCGACCUUUUCGUUUUUUAAACUAGCGCUAGCUACGUCUGGCCUUUUCUACAAGAGGCAGUUCUGAAAAAGGGACGAUAAGUUAAGCCGCUGACAAGCAGUGUGCGCCAACUUCUGCAACACACUGGCUUCUCAUCUUCUCCCUCCCUUCAUGAGCACUGAGUAAUGGAAAGCUGGAACUAAGAACUUGGUCUGGUGAGCCACCUUAUUGUGUAAUCACCUCAUUGGGUGAUGUGCUGCAUGGUGCCAUGUGAAUGACAGAACCACAAUGAAGUCGUCACACAAGCUGCUGUUCGUCCUGUGCCCCAUGCUGGUCCUGGGCUUCAUCUACUACUCCUCUGGGAAGCUACACCUGCACGUAUGGGGCCAGAAGCCACAGAUUGAUUCGGAGUCCACUCUCAUAGUCCCGACUAAAGGUCAAAGCACCACAGAGUUGGAAGCGGACGUUGCUCUCACCGUGGGACAAAUAGUAGGCUCAGUGUAUGAUAAGCAGGGCUUUCUGCUGAAGCUGGAUGGAAAGUUGUCAGCAGAAUUGACGUACAAGUAUGGCAACCUCAGCGAAGGAGUGUGCAAGCCAGGCUACGCAGCUGCCAAGAUGACUGCCAUCUAUCAAAAGUUCAUGAAGCCAGCUCCCAUGUUUCUCGACCGGAACUUCAAGCGUCUGGCAAAAGUCAGCAGUUACUUACCUCCAUUUGGAUUCAAAACACAAGAAACAAUCAUAGACAUUAUUCUAACUGCCACAAAGAACUAUGGGCUGGGUCAAGACGUUGACAGUUUAAUUUGUAAAAGAUGCAUUAUCGUGGGCAACGGUGGUAUCCUGGCUAACAAGUCUAUGGGCUCCCGAAUCGAUGAUUACGACAUUGUGGUGAGGUUGAACGAGGCUCCGGUGACUGGUUUCGGCAAGGACGUGGGCACCAAGACCACCAUGCGCAUCACCUACCCCGAGGGGGCCAUCCAGAAGCCUGAGCGAUACGAGAAGGACUCGCUCUUCGUCUUCUCUGCCUUCAAACCGCUGGACUUCAAGUGGCUCAGACAGAUGGUCUUCAGAGAGAAGCUGCGUGGUACAGAGGGCUUCUGGAAGUCAGUGGCCCGUUACGUCCCGAAGGAGCCCACAGAGAUGCGCAUCCUCAACCCCUACUUCAUCCAGGAGGCUGCCUUCCAGUUCAUCGGCCUGCCACUCAACAACGGCCUCAUGGGGAAAGGGAACAUUCCAACCCUGGGUACGGUCGCCAUAACGAUGGCCCUGCAUAACUGUGACGAGGUGGCGGUGGCUGGCUUCGGCUACGACAUGAACACGCCCCACGCACCCUUGCACUACUACGAGACGGUCAAGAUGUCCGCCAUCAAAGAGUCCUGGACACACAACAUAUCCAAGGAGAAGGAGUUCCUCCGCAAGCUGGUGAAGGCCAACGUCAUCACGGACCUGACCAACGGCAUUUGAGUCUAACUGUCCCAGAGCUUUGCCUUUUUCCAAAAGAACCACAGAACAGAGGAUUCUGGGAAUUAACCUGGAUGGGUGGGGGGGUGGGGGAACCCAGACCCUGGUGGUCUGCAUACUGCCUAAGUUUUUAUGAAGAGAAGAUUUAAACGGACGGCUCAGUGGAGAGACGCACAUACGUGCCUUCUGACCCAGAGGCUCCUGUGUCAGGAGAAACAUAGGCCUGGAUCGGACGUCUUCAGGACAGUCAACGGAGGAUCCGACAACCGCGUUUACCGUUUCAAUACCCCUGAAAAUCACAUGAACGAACAAGUGAUAUGGAAGAGGAUGAUGAUGGAUGGCAGAGGACGGAAGGCCUGACGGACAGCUGUAGAGUCGGACAAUCUGCAGAAGAGAGGGACAGAUGGUUAGAGCCGUGCCAAACGUACGUACCUCGUUACAAAGGGGGGAGCAGAUGCCCUCUUCCUGUACUGCCUGAAUGUAUUCACAAAACAAUGUAAAUAUCAAAGAUUUUUAACAAGCUGCAGCAACCCCCCAUCCGGGCAUUGGCGAGCCACCCUCCAUCUGGGCAUUGGCGAGCCACCCUCCAUCUGGGCAUUGGCGAGCCACCCUCCAUCUGGGCAUUGGCGAGCCACCCUCCAUCUGGGCAUUGGCGAGCCACCCUCCAUCUGGGCAUUGGCGAGCCACCCUCCAUCUGGGCAUUGGCGAGCCACCCUCCAUCUGGGCAUUGGCGAGCCACCCUCCAUCUGGGCAUUGGCGAGCCACCCUCCAUCUGGGCAUUGGCGAGCCACCCUCCAUCUGGGCAUUGGCGAGCCACCCUCCAUCUGGGCAUUGGCGAGCCACCCUCCAUCUGGGCAUUGGCGAGCCACCCUCCAUCUGGGCAUUGGCGAGCCACCCUCCAUCUGGGCAUUGGCGAGCCACCCUCCAUCUGGGCAUUGGCGAGCCACCCUCCAUCUGGGCAUUGGCGAGCCACCCUCCAUCUGGGCAUUGGCGAGCCACCCUCCAUCUGGGCAUUGGCGAGCCACCCUCCAUCUGGGCAUUGGCGAGCCACCCUCCAUCUGGGCAUUGGCGAGCCACCCUCCAUCUGGGCAUUGGCGAGCCACCCUCCAUCCGGGCAUUGGCGAGCCACCCUCCAUCCGGGCAUUGGCGAGCCACCCUCCAUCCGGGCAUUGGCGAGCCACCCUCCAUCCGGGCAUUGGCGAGCCACCCUCCAUCCGGGCAUUGGCGAGCCACCCUCCAUCCGGGCAUCGGCAUACAGUACAUAUCCCACCUCAGACCCACACAAGGCCUUUUUUUAAACCUUUGUCUCUCCCCCUUAUCGCUUCCAUAUCAGCAGGCCUUUUUGAGGCUGCCCUGCAUUUUGAGAUUAUUAUUACAGAUGUUAAUAUCCAGAAAGACAAGAGGCCUGGAUUAUUUUAUUUAGGUUUAUUUUAUUUAUAAAUAGGCUGAGAAUUGGUGCAUUAUCCUUUCCUUGUUCCAGUUUGCCACGAUGUGCUUCCUCAAUGACUCACUGUGUUAUUAGUUGUUGAGUGGAUAUCCCUCAAACCUGGGCUGAGACCGUAGUAUUUUAUAAGCCCAAGUCAAAGUCAGUAUUAUCAUUUAUGGCCAAUAUUUCAGUCAGAUUUUUGUGUUGUAUUAUGAAAUGUUUUUUUUUUUUAUGUUUUCCUUUGUGUGCUCUAAUGAACAUGACAAAGUAUCACAAGAUGCCGCCCCAACAGACCAGUAUUACAGAGAGAGAGUGAACCACUGGUCUGGGAAUAGUGUUCCUGUUCACACUCGUGUUCAGAAUAAUUUGCCACUUGUCCAGUAUUUCAAUAAAAACCCAAGUAUUCCAAUAUUUCAGUCAGAUUGCAGUAAGUCGUAUUACAAUAUUAAACCAUAUUUCAGUUUUAUCUUGUUUGGUUUGUGAUAUUAAACCCAAAUUGGUAUUACAAUGUGAAAGCUUACUGGUCCAAUGUUUCUCAGUGAAAGGCCCAUUUGGUUAGUUGUUACAGUUCAAGCGCUAACGGAUCAGUAUUUAAGUGUUGCUCCGGUGGCUCAGUAUUACAAGAUGAGACACCACGCUAUGGUUACAGCCUCCCCCGCUGCUUCCCUCAUCAACUACACUUAAACUGAAAGCCAUAAUCAGCUUUAUAUGGUGAUGGGGAGUUUUUAGUUCUUUCUACCUUUUUGGAUGACAUUUUGGCUGUUGCUUAAUUUAAAAAAAUAAUAAUGUUUUUGACUUGUUCUUGUUUUCAUGGAGGUGCAUACUCACUGUACACCUGUAUCCACUUAUCUUCCUGUCCAUUAGUAAGGUAUUAUUAGGGUUGUGUUAAUUUGAGAAAUAGAAGAAAACAUACAAAAACGUUGAGACUGACUGGACUUCAAAUGCUAAUUUGUGUUCUAUUGCGGAAGGUUUUAAAUAGUUUUCCUUUGUGUGCUGUAAUGAACACUAACCAGUUUCAGAGAGGCGUCACUGCUCUCUCUUGCUGGGCUAUCUCAACAAAACUUUCUCACUUCUGUUCACGAUGGGAAAAUAAAACAAUAUGGAGGAAUCUUAACCUAGCCUCCUACCAUAUUGGUGUUACAAUACCUAUCCAGGCCCUUCAAAUUAGUUAGGGGAAAGUAGCCUGCUUUUACACAGGCAGCCCAAUUCUGAUAUUUGUUCCACUAAUUUGUCUUGUGAAAAGAUUUGAUUGGUCAAAAGACCAAUUAAUGGAAAAAGAUCACAAUUGGGCUGCCUGGGUAAAUUCAGACUUUGAUCCCUUCCCUCCAACCUAGAUAACAAUCUUUCAGAAAUGGAACCCUGCAUAGGACUUUCACUGCUAGGGUAUUAAGAACAGCUCACCAAUGCACUACACCCCUGGCGAGGCCCACACAGGCUGUGUUUACAGGGUUGGAGUCAAUUCCAUAUCAAAUAUAGACAGCUUAAAUAGAUUUUUUUCAUUAAUAAUAAAUAAAUUAUGUGCAUCCUGGAUUGGGCAGGAAUUGACACCAGCCUGGUCUGUAGGCAGAAUGACAUUAUUAGAACUGGAGACGACAAUAACAUCAUACAGGAAACCUCACCAUAUCAUCCAACGAGCGAGGUCAAAAUCAGUCAUCACCUUACCCUACCACAAUCAAUCACUGGCAAGGUCGUUACAGAUGAAAUCACAAGUGUUACUGUUUCUUUUUAUAUAUUAUAUGAAAUCGAGACUUUGUCAUCUGCAACUUGUUAAUAAAUACGUUGACCCUUUUGUCGCUUUGUAAGGUG